AUGCUCGUCAAGUCCGUCCUCGCCACUCUCUCGGCUGCCACCGCCGUCUUUGCUGCCACUCCCCUCGAGAGCGGCAACUGGGUUCCCACCAGCCCUGGCUACUCGACCCAGACCUGUGCCGGCGGCAGCGCCAGCGGCAGCACCUUUUCCAUCCCCUCGAACCCCAACGGAAGCACCAGUGGCUCCGGCUGCUCCAACGGCCACCUCCGCGCCGAGCGUCGCUACAACGACGACUACACCACCGGCGUCCACCAGUUCGCCGGCACCUUCAAGAUCAACUCCCUGGGCGGCAGCCGUAUCGCCAUCAAGCAGACCUUCAACGGAAACACCGGCCCCUACUUCAUCCUGGCUGUCGACAACGGCGGCCGCCUGUACAGCGUCGAGGGCGGUGCUACUCUGGCUACCGGCGUUGCCAACGUCGGCAAGAGCGUCACCAUCAACACUGUCCACAACGCCGACAUCCACAGCUACCGCGUCUAUGUCAACGGCGCCUUGGCUUUCCGUGACGACAAUGCUCCUGGCGGAAGCUUCUAUGACAAGUUUGGUGCUUACACCACUGACAGCGGUGUUGGCCCCAUGAGCAUCACUUGGUCUGAUGUUGCUUUCUGGACCCGCCAGUAA